AUGAACCUAGUCAAACGAGUCGCAUAUUCCAAUGCCGAUUUCAUGGAUACGACAGAACCAAUGGUCGUCGAUUGGGACGGCGCUCACGAAGCGCGACCUGAGCCAAUGCAGGUCGACAACAUCGGCACCUUCGAAUGCGAUGGCUCCAUGGACUGGAGUCCCCAAGAUAAUACGACGAACGACGGUUGCACAGCAGCCAAAGGUAACAUCGACGCGGUGCUUGCCCCAUGUACAGCCAUCAUGAACAUCGUCGGCCUUCCUUCACAUGAAUAUAGUCUAGCGGCAGAUGCAGCAAAGGAAGGAUUUGCGUCGUGCUGGUUUGAGCGGGCGAUGGCAGGCGUGACGCCAGAUGCUGCUGGCCAGACCAUGCUGUCGGGGGACACCUUGAUGGACCUGAUGACAGAGAAUAUGCUUCAGCUGGAUUUUGGAAUGGCGCAGAUGAACGACGACGCACCUGAGCCCAUGGACACCACGGAUCCACGACGCAGUGAGAAAGGGACUCAGGACGGAGCAUGCCACAACCUUUGGAUGGUGCUAGCCCCCUUCAUCUUCGAACACGCAGAUAUUGUUACGUCUUUCAUAUGUUUCGCCUGUAUUGCGCACGGGGUGCACGCAUUGCCGUCCUACUCUAACAAUGCGUCUGGCCCAUCGGGUCCGAUAGUUGAUGUGGGAUAUGCAGCAUUCCUGGGCAACGACUCUAUCCCUGGGUUUCCCGGCAUCGAGUUCUUUGGCGGUAUACGCUACGUGCAGCCGCCGCUCGGUGAGCUGCGGUUCCGUGCCCCACAACUGCUAGACGAGACUGUGGGUCCGCAUAAUGUGACGGAUGCCCGGGAUUGGGGCGACAUAUGCAUGCAAGAGCCCGCACAGGUUGGGUUCGGGUCGGAAGACUGUCUGACCCUCAAUGUGUGGAGAUCAGCCGGGACGCAAGCAGGCGAUAAUGUUCCUGUUGCUCUGUACAUCCAUAGCGCACAGGGCUUCCCGAUGAGCAGCUGGGUGAAUGAAACGGGCGGCGCGAUGGUGGGCGUCAAUAUCCAGUACCGGCUAGGGAUGUUUGGGUUUCUUGCGUCGGCGGCCGUGCAAGAGGACGGGGACAUGAAUGCUGGUCUGCUUGAUCAGCGUGCGGCCUUCGAUUGGGUUAGACGACACAUCUCGAGUUUCGGCGGGGACCCCGGCAGGAUAACUGUCAGUGGACAGAGCGCGGGCUCUGCAGACAUAGUGCAUCAGAUGGUGUCGUAUGGAGGGCAAGGCGAGCCACCGUUCCAGGCUGCAAUUGCACAGAGUAUCGGGAUGGACCCACUUCCCAUCCCUGAAGAAUACGAGCACUGCUUCGCGAAUGUCAGUGCAUCCGUCGGAUGUCUAUCUCCGACCAAUACGUCGCAGUCCAUCAUGAGCUGCCUCCGCGCGGCACCGCUGUCUGCCCUUGUUACGGCAAUUAACAGCAGACCAUCGAGCUGCGGCUUCCUGCCCGUCGUCGAUGGCAUGCUCUUGCCUGCGCUUCCGUCACAGCUGAUUGCGACAGGCAGGUUCCAUCGGAUGCCGUUCAUCGGUGGGCAUGUCACAGACGACGGGUCGAUCUUCGUGGGUGAUCCCGCGAACUUUGUGAACACGACGGACGGGUUCGUUGCGUCCAUCAUGAAGCGGUAUACAUUGCUGUCCAACACCACCAUUGCGCGGAUGAUCGAACUGUAUCCGUUGAGCGACUUUCCGUCGCAAUGGGAGCGGGCGAAGAGGGCGUUUGGAGACACGGUGUUCACGUGCAUCCAAUUGGCGUUGAACAGGGACUGGGUCAUUGCGCAGAAGCUAAUGUCCGAGGGUCGGACGGACGCGUACAACUACCGGUUCAACACUCCAGAUCCGGUGCAGCUUGCGGCGAACCCAUGGGAAGGUGUGAUGCACACGUCGGAGCUGUUCUUCCUGUUCCAGGGUGCGUCCUCUGGCCCGUCGCCGACGACUCCUGUAGCGCUGUUUGCGCCAUUCAACGCGUCGGAGAAAGUGCUGGCGACGGAGACGAUAGGGUACUGGACGAGCUUCUCUCGUGCGUUCAGUCCAAACACAUUCAAGCCGCUUGGAUCGUCGCCGGAGUGGCUCACGGCAGAGAGCGGACGGCUUGUGAUAGAGGAGGGCGGCGUGAAUGGGACAGCUUCGUACAUGGAAGAGAGGUCCCAAGCAUACGAGGAGAGAUGUGCGUUCUGGAUGGAAGUUGGCACAGAGACGAGGAUACGCGAGGAUAUGUCAAGGAAGCGUACACGGCACAGACACUUUGAUGCAGUUGCGUUAACAAUGGAUAGUAGAGACAGCGGACAUAUCCUAUCAUCCACGCCGCCUCGUAUAUCCGAGCGUGGGAGCUAUUCAAGGACGUUCUGCACCUGGAAAGUGAAGCUGAGCACGAGCGUCGAUAAACACGGCGCCGUGGUCCUCGGCCUGGAUAAAGCGCAGAAGAUUGAGCCACGGUUCACUGAGUCAAUGGAGACGCUCGUGAGAAUUGCUCACGAAUGA